ACACACUAAACAUUGAAGUGGUGGUGUCAUUUCUAAAACUACAGCUAAGAUAUUUUUUCUUUCUUAAAAUCACCAUUUUUUAUUUGAACUCUUUUGGAGGUGUAAAGAAAAGUAAAGCAGAGACAAAAUGGGGGUGAUGGAUCAUGUUUCAGAUUACUUUAAUUGUUCUGGAGUACAUGGUCAUAAGUUCAAGCAUCGCAAGCAACUUCAGACGGUGGAGAUCAAAGUAAAGAUCGAUUGUGAAGGAUGUGAACGAAAGGUAAGAAGGGCAGUAGAAGGAAUGGAAGGAGUAACCCAAGUUGAUAUAGAACCAAAGCUAAGUAAGCUGACAGUAGUUGGAUAUGUUGAGCCAAGGAAGGUGGUAUCACGUGUGAAGCAUCGAACAGGGAAAAGGGCUGAGUUAUGGCCUUACGUACAUUAUGAAGAAGUGGGACACCCUUACGCUCCUGGAGUAUAUGAUAGAAGAGCACCUGCUGGUUAUGUUAGAAAUGAUUAUAAUAAUUAUAAUCAAGGUGUUAAUCAGCUGUCUCGUAUGAGUUCUACUGAGGUUCGCUAUACUACAGCAUUUAGUGAUGAGAAUCCUGCUGCAUGUUCAAUCAUGUGAAAUUGUGAUUAUUAUUAUGUUCAAGUUCAACAACCAUCAUCGUCUCAUAUGUGCAAAGACUUUUUUUUGUUUUGGUUUGUUUGGUAAUUAAUUAGGUCUAUAUUUUGGACAGGUUUGUAUUAAUUUAUAUGUUUGUAUUAGAAAUUUGGACUGGCGUCAUCAAUAUUUGAUUCCAAUUAUCAAAAAUCAAUGUUACUUCAAGUAUUACUA